AUGUCGAUUCGCUCGGUGACCACGGAGCAACCGGAGAAGACGUCCUCGCCCUCCGUCUCCAGCGCUGGCCCUACCAAGCGCCGCUGGGGUGCCGGAGGCCGCUUCAAGCACCUGCGCGAAAAGGUUACUACUAGACAUGGCUGGGUCGGCGACUACGACUAUGCAUGGCUUUGCAUGCCCACCGCCCCCUGGCGACGUUCUCGCGCGAAGCAGACUAGGACAGGCCCGCCUUUCUAUGCGCUUGACUCCGAGCUGCCCAUUAUACUUGCUGCUGCCAGUGGACUGCAGCAUGCGCUUGCCAUGCUAGCAGGGCUCAUCACCCCACCUAUCAUCUUUGCGAAUGCCCUCAGUCUGGACUCCGCGACAUCCGCGUACAUGAUUUCGGCGUCAUUAAUUGGCUGCGGUAUCCUCAGUUUGGUGCAAAUGUCGCGUCUGAGACUAUUCGGAAACUACUACCUCGGUACUGGUCUCAUCUCAGUCGUCGGAACAAGUUUUGCUACGCUGAGUACAGCCAACGCCAUCUUUAAUACUAUGUACGCGGAUGGCACUUGCCCGUCUACAACCGCCGCCGAUGGGACCGUCACGCGAGGUGCCUGUCCCGACGCGUACGGAAUGGUUCUCGGAACGUCCAUGAUUUGCGCAUUCCUUGAAAUCGGCAUGUCUUUCGUCUCACCCAGGAUCCUCAAACGUGUCUUCCCGCCUAUGGUCACUGGCACGGUGAUUGUUAUGAUUGGAGCGUCCCUCAUCGGCUCAUCCGGAAUCCCGAACUGGGGAGGAGGUUCGAAUGACUGCUCUGGCCGCCCCGCAUCUGGCUUCUUCCAGCUUUGCCCCAACAUCGCGGCACCGCGUCCUCUGCCAUGGGGCUCUCCUGAGUUCAUUGGCCUUGGCUUCCUAUCGUUCGUCAGCAUCAUCCUCACGGAGCUGUUCGGGUCGCCUUUCCUGAAGAACAUCUCCGUCAUUGUGGGUUUGGCGGUAGGCUGCAUCGUAGCGGGUGCGGCUGGCUACAUCGACGGAAGCAGCAUCACAACUGCACCUGCCAUCACUUUCCUAUGGGUCCAUACGUUCAAGAUCCGCGUGUACGCUCCCGCUAUCCUCCCGAUGCUGGCCGUAUAUGUUUCCCUUGCUAUGGAGGCCAUUGGAGAUAUCACUGCAUCCGCAGAGGUCUCCCGUGUAUCGGUAGUCGGAGAGGAGUUCGACUCCCGGAUCCAGGGUGGUGUUCUGAGCGACGGCAUCGGUGGCUUCCUGUCUGCCCUGUUCACAGUGACGCCGCUGUCCAUUUUCGCGCAGAACAACGGUGUAAUCGCCAUCACGCGGUGCGCGAACCGCACAGCGGGUCGUUUCUGCUGCGUCUUCCUCAUCCUCUUUGGUGUCCUCGGCAAGAUUUCCGGAGUCUUCCUAGCCAUACCGAACCCCGUCCUCGGUGGAGUGACCACGUUCUUGUUCGCGACGGUCGCGACGUCCGGCGUGCGCGUGCUCUCGUACAACCGCUUCACUCGGCGCGACCGCUUCGUGCUCGCCGCCGCGUUCUCCUUCGGCAUCGGGGACCUGCUCGUCCCCACGAUCUUCACACACCUCUUCGACGGCGUGCGCAGCCCGAACAAGGGCCUCCAGGGCCUCUUCGACUCCAUCACAAUCGUGCUCAGCACUCCUUUCUUGAUGGCGGGCCUGGUUGCGCUCGUGCUCAAUCUGAUUCUGCCGCAGGAUGACGCGGACGGCGAUGACGACGACGUGGUGGAGGUUGUGGACGUGGAGGCGCAGCCGCAUAGUAAAGAGAAGGAGUUACACAACUGAUCUACAGGGUUCUAUCGCACAGUGACAUAUUUACUAAUGCUCGGGGCUCUGGGAAUGACUACAUCUACGCUCUCAAACAC